AAAUACCAAGGACAGUAAUUCAGCUCAAUAAUCAUGCCACAUGUUCUGAUUGCUUGCAGUGCAAGUGUUGCUGCAAUCAAAAUACCAGAUAUUAUAUCUCAACUCGUUCAAAAGAACAUUUGCGCAACAUUAGUCGUCACAGAAGCUAGUAAACAUUUUUUAGAUGUCGAUAAAAUUAGAAACGAUUUUAAAAUUGAUGUUUAUACUGAUCAAAAUGAAUGGGAUGCUUGGAAAACUAGAGGAGAUCCCGUUUUGCAUAUAGAACUUUCAAAAAAAGCAGAUUUAUUGGUACUUGCCCCUUUGAGUGCUAAUACUAUGGCUAAAGUGAGUACAGGAAUUUGUGACAACUUAUUAACAUGCAUUGUUAGAGCUUGGAAUGUUUCAAAACCAGUAUUGUUUUGUCCGUCAAUGAAUACUCAAAUGUGGAAUCAUCCAGUAACUAAAGAUCAAGUGGAUAAGUUGGCGUCAUGGGGAUAUUACCUGAUUCCUCCAAUUGUUAAGACAUUAAUGUGUGGUGAUCACGGUAUUGGUGCAAUGGCCGAAGUAGAAACUAUUGUAAAUCAAAUUUUAGAAAAACUUAAUAAUUAGUAAAAUACUUGUAAAAACUUCAAACAA